AUGACACGAGAACUCGACGAACAACCAGAGAUGAUCGCCAUCAUCUCCCCCACGACUCCUGCCCCUCCCGACCUUCCCACCUCCAUCACCACUCCGGCUCUAGCUCCAGCCUUGCUGCCCCCAAUAAACGUACCCUCUCAUUCUCAAUUCACGGGUUAUGGGCAAGAUUAUCCCUCACGAUUUCAACUUGGAAUUCAGUCGGGCAGUGGGUUUGCCGCAGGGAGUUCAAGCCGGCCGAGGGGACAUACGGUAGCUGAUAGUCCGGGACAUCCUCCUUAUGAUAUCGCCAACGUGUUUGAGAACAUCCCUCGAGGCGUGUAUAAUCCCCCGGACGAUUUCCUACGUAAUCCUCGUCCUGUGCAUAGCCAUGUGAGGACUGGAUCCUCUUCAUCGCUUCCCGCGGAACACGGACGUUCCUUCGGUAUCGAGUGGUUCUCGUCCUCUCGCCAUGGCAUCGAAACUCCUCCUCCUGGCAGAGGGUCGGAAUCCCCAGCAUACCGUUCGCAUCCACAGUUUCCCUCGACCCCAGGGGCAAGCGGACCUCCCUCUCGCCGUUCGACCGAUGAAAGCAACUAUGCAUCCCCACCUAUCGCCACUAGCGACUACAGCGGGUCGUAUUUCUCUCAGCACAGUAUGCGGAAUCCGACCAGCCCGACUUCAGGAUUUACGGCCGCCAUGACCAUUACCGGCAGAGACUCGGGAUCGGGAGGAAGGAGGGAGAGCGUGACAGCGACGCAUCCGUAUUUGAUCACCUCGAGACGACCGAGUUUGGGUGAGGCGGUCGGAGUCGGAUCGGGCUAUGCUCGAGCGAGAAGUCCGCUCGGGAGUCUGGCGCAGAGGGUCCCGGAUACGAUGCAGAUCGAUCCCGCGGGUGGCGGCAGUGAGACGCGAAAACAAGAAGGUUUGGAAGGCUUACCCAAGCGGGACGUAGCUAACGAUCAGGCGAUACGCGCUAUGGUCAAGCAGCAACGAAUCGAGUCGGAACAAAGGAGAAGAGACGAUAUGCGCGAAGGCUUCCGCAGGUUGUACGAGAUCUUGCCCCCAAACUCCCAGAAGACCAAGACGGUGACACUCGAUCGAGCUAUCAAUCAUAUUGCGGCGAUGGAAGCGGCAAAUCGGGAGCUUCACGACACGGUCGCAAGGCUGAGGGCUGAAAAUCAGCAACUGCGCGACACAAACUACACGCUCGUCCGAACUCAAGCGAAGAGGCUAGGGGUCGAUGAGCUGGAGGACAACAUAGGAUUCCAGUUUGAGCAAGAUUACGGUCAUCGAGGAUAG